AUGAAAUCAGAUAUUGGGGAGCCCAUAUCUCGUUCCCCAAAUUAGAUAAAUCAUCUAGUUCUACUUAAAAAAGAUUAAGAUGGAUUUAGAAAUGAUGAAUUUUAUUAAACAACUGAAGCAUGUGAAUAUGACCUUGAAGUUCAACAAAAGGGUGAGGUUUUCAUAUUAUGUUAAUAAUCACCUCACAAUAGCCCAUUGCUUCUUCAGAAUGUUUGCACCGAUGUUCAAAUUUUCUUAAUUUUGGAUGUUCCAAUAUAAUUUUGUGAAUAGAUUUGGAACUUGAUAUCUCGUAUUUAUGAUUCACCUGUAGAGAAUGGCUAAAUUGGAAAUCAUUCUUAAAAAUUAGUUACUGAUAAGAUUAAUACUAUUCUAAGCGAUUAUUAUGAUGGGAAACAAUUGCAUUUAUUUUUUCUUAAUUUAUUAGAGCUCCUUAAACGUACCAUAUCUAACACUUUGAAAAUCGAUCUCUGCAUUAAUUUUUUAUAAGAAGACUAACAUUUAUAAUACUUGUAGAAAAUUUAUGAUCACUAUUAGGAAUACUUAAAAUGUAAAGAACAAAAUGAUGGUUUCAUUUGGCAAAAUUUUUAUAUAGAACUUGAAUAAACUAUUUUAUAAAGUUUGGAAUCUAAACUCAAUAAAAAUUCUUACUGA